UCAUGGGGUGUUCUUUAUAUACUGUCACUGUUCUCAAGGCUUUAUGCAAUAAAGCGGAAGUCAGAUGGUUUUCUAUCUUUGUCUCAGCCCCCCCUCCCCAAAAAAACAUUCAUACUAAUGGAAAACAGUGGGAACUUGGUGUGAAAGUCAUUUUUAGAAAUAGCGUUUUUCCCCCACACGGCUCUAAGAUGCGUCAUCACUGCGUCUGACGUGGUGGCACACCAGGAAGUGAUACGAGCGGCUAAGUGGCUAGGUCAAUGCUAGCAAGCACAAAUCAAUCAAAAUAUAAAAUACUGUUCCGUGUUUUCUCACAGGCUGGAACAUGUUUGACAUAUUGUCCACGCACUGGUGACGUGCACAGCCACACAAGGAAUCUACAAUGGGCCAACGAAGAAGAAUGGCAGCUGUGACUAAUCCUGCAGAGUCUGUCAGAGUCUCCAGCAAGAAGCACAACAUCUGCAUGGUGUCUGACUUCUUCUAUCCAAAUAUGGGAGGAGUAGAAAGUCACAUUUACCAGCUUUCCCAGUGUUUGAUAGAAAAGGGACACAAGGUGGUAAUCGCCACCCAUGCCUAUGGCAGGAGGAAGGGUGUCAGGUACCUGACCAACGGACUGAAGGUGUACUACCUCCCCCUGCAGGUCAUGUACAACCAGUCCACAGCCACCACCUGCUUCCACAGUCUCCCACUGCUCCGCUGUGUGUUUGUCAGGGAACGCAUCACUGUGGUGCAUGCACACAGCUCAUUCUCCGCCAUGGCCCAUGAUGCACUGUUCCACGCCAAGACCAUGGGCCUUAACACAGUGUUCACGGACCACUCACUCUUUGGCUUUGCUGACGUUAGCUCUGUGCUGACCAACAAGCUCCUGACUGUGUCACUGUGUGAUACCAACCACAUUGUGUGUGUGUCGUACACCAGUAAGGAGAACACAGUGCUCCGUGCAGCGCUCAACCCAGAGAUAGUGUCUGUUAUUCCCAAUGCUGUUGACCCAACAGAUUUCACCCCUGACCCCUCCCAGCGCCAAGACAACAAGAUCACUAUUGUUGUCAUCAGCCGUCUCGUCUACCGAAAAGGAAUUGAUCUUCUUGGUGGAAUAAUCCCAGAGCUCUGCCUCAAACAUCCAGAUCUGCAUUUCCUAAUUGGUGGAGAGGGACCGAAGAGAAUUGUUUUGGAGGAAGUGAGAGAGAAAUACCAACUACAUGACAGGGUGCGUCUGCUGGGGGCUUUGGAGCAUAAAGAUGUUCGUGGAGUUUUGGUGCAGGGCCACAUCUUCCUCAACACAUCGCUGACUGAAGCAUUCUGCAUGGCCAUUGUAGAAGGAGCUAGCUGUGGACUGCAGGUGGUCAGCACUCGUGUCGGGGGCAUUCCUGAGGUGUUGCCUGAGGAUUUGAUUACCUUGUGUGAGCCCACUGUGCGGUCGUUGUGUGCUGGUCUGGAAACGGUCAUCGCCCAGCAUCGGUCAGGCUCAGUCCCCUCUCCUACCUCCAUCCAUGCACGUGUGCGGAACCUCUACACUUGGAGAAACGUAGCUGAGAGGACUGAAAAAGUAUAUGACAGAGUGGCUGGAGAGGAGGUGCUUCCUCUGGAUAGACGCUUACGGCGGCUGAGGGCUCACUGCGGCCCCGUCGCUGGCUCCAUCUUUGCAUUCGUGGCAGUUUUGGACUUCCUCUUCCUGCUGCUCUUGCAGUGGUUGGUGCCAGAUCGAGUCAUGGACGUCGCUGUGGACGCCACCGGCCCUCACAGAUUGUGGAGGCAGGAAACAAGCAGAAUAAACAAAGCUCAUUCUAAAAGUGCCAGGAAGCAAGCAGCAGAACUUCAUCGUAGUGAUCAGUCAUCUUCGUCUUCGCCUCACUUCUAGCUGCUUAUAUGAUGACAUAUGUCGCCUUUAUGGUGCAGACUAACUUUUGAAAUCUGGUCACUGAAUUCUGAAUGUGCUCAUGGUAACUUAACCCCAAACAUUGUUUACAUUCACUUAUCAAAGGGACCUUGUUGAAAGCAUUUUAUCUGAGAUUUGGAAGGAGUGUUUUUAUUUUUAUAUUAGCUGAUUAAAAUGGAAACCUGUGGUAGUCCCUGAAACUUUAAUAAGCACUUUUUUGCUUUGGUAUAGAUACUAUAGAUGGCACUGAACAGAAGUAAAAGGGCUGGUUAAUUGUACACUUACACUGUUGCAUUGCACAAAACUGCAGUAACCUAUUUUCUGUUUUGUUUUUGUGAUGCUGUUUAUCAGUGCAAAAUGUUUUGUAUAAUUUCAAUACCACAAAUCUCUGUCAUUUGUUUUAUAACGUUAUUUUUCUCUGCUAAGAUGUUUCACACAAUGGGGUCCAAACGUCAGAGACUAUUUUCCCACUUUCCCAUUCAAGUGAAUGGGAAAUUGAGAAACUGGUCUAAGACUUUUGGACCCCACUGUAUGUCUAUAAAACCCGGAAGUUUUUUAAGAUGAUUGUGAGACUUCCAGUCAGUAAGCUCUGUGAAAUAAAGCAAAUCUUUCUUCCGUU